CGCUGGACCAACUUGGAAAUACUGCAGCUGGACUAAGAAAAAUAUGCUCUGAAGACUUGCUUAUUUUAAUAAUACUUUUAUUGCUUAAUCCAUAUUUUUUCAAUAGCAGUGGGGAAGAAGACCUAUCUUAUUUGCGCGUAAAAGUCUCUUGUCAUUUCAUUCUUAAUUAACUGGAGAGGAGAGCGCUGAACGAUAGUGUUACUGAUGUUUUCCUUGCAUUUUAGAUGGACUUUGAGCUCUUCUUAGCAAUCACAUUUACCUGUGACAAUUUAACUGAUUUACAAGUUAAACUGGCAUAAUUUAUGGGAAUAUUUAGAUUAUUGGAUUUUUUUUCCUUGGGGAACUUUGCGCUUUCCUGGAGAUAACUAUUCUUUUUUAUGCGUAAAAUCUUUUUGUUUGGGUCAUUUUAAGAAACAGAGACCCGUUAGCGAACACUUUGCUAUCUUGUGCAAGUGAAACGGGUUUGAUGGAAACAUGACCAAAGCCGUAACUGGGCCGGUUAUCCUGCACACCCUAUGCCUGCUCCCGCUCCUGCUGCUUCACGUCUCACCGGUGUGUCUGUCUGCGCAGCACGGACAUCCAGCGCGCUACUUCGGCCAGAUAGCGGAGAACUCUCCAGCUGGGACGCCAGUGGAAGGGGUGGUAAUUUCUGUCACAGCUGCAAACUGCCCCGGUGCGAACCUCACUGCCAGUUUGAAGGGAGAUUACGCGUCAGAUUUCAGACUUGUUCACUACCGCGGGCAUCGGGUCCAUCGAGCGCAAUUAUGUUUGGUCUCCGCAAAAGCACUGGACCGGGAGUUUAUAGCUAUGUACGAACUGAUGGUGGAGCUGCCAACUCGGUGUAUGAGGAGACGAGCCAUCGUCCAGAUUGAGGUGUCCGACAAGAACGACAACAUCCCUCUGUUUACCAGCGGGAACAAGACGAUUGAAGUAGAUGAAUUAACGCCGCCCGGAACCGAGCUGGCUCGCUUUGACGCAAAGGACGGUGACGCGGAGAGCAAUGGACAUGUCACUUUUUACGCAUCACCGGACUUGUACCUGCUCCACGUGGAUCCACAAAACGGACAAGUGAGCCUAGCAGGAUCUCUCGCUGGAUUCAGCCAGGUGACUUUGCGCAUUUACGUGAAGGACGGAGGAGAUUUAGCACUGAUAGGUGAGCCGGUGUUCUUGCGCAUCAACGUCCGCCGGUCCAACAGAGCGCGACGGAUGCCGCGGGCUCUGUCCGAGGAGCUGACCUACACAGUUACCGUUCCGGACCACGUCAGAGUUGGCGACCUAGUGUUCACAGUUCCUGACCAGAGGUUCGAUCAACGGUGGUUUGAAGUGAUAUCCGAAGCCGACUCACCAGUCCAGAUCGAGCGGGAUUCGGGGCGUUUGUACCUGGCGCGCAGUCUGCGAGAGCCCGCCGAGGUGGUAGUGAAGAUUCAGAGCCUCCGAGGUGAUGACUGGUACCUGUGCAGGUUAACUCUGAGCAUGCCCAGUCAGGCUGACCUGCAGUGGGCGAUGUUUCCCUCACCUUACCUGGCUGCUAUUGGUCCUGAUGCAACACCAGGCUCUGUAGUGUAUCGACUGUCAGCACGACAACGAGAUGGGACACUAGGACGAGCUCAGUUCUUCCUACUUGAGGGUGAUGAGGAGUGCUUCGAGGUGGACCAUCGUUCUGGGGAGAUCAGGACAACCGGUCGACCUUUGACCCCCAGUAAGGAGUACCUCCUUCGGGUUCAGGCAGUGGAUGGACAUGGUCGUAAAGGGCCACCAGCCACUGUUGCUAUCCUUGCAGGCUAUCGGCCACCCCAGUUCACCAAUUCCACGUACAGCCUGAAUGUACCAGAGAACAUACCCGUUGGCCAACCAGUUGCAGUUGUCCAUGCUGUCUCCUUCCAGAAGAAGAGUCUCUCAUACAUGCUACUGGUUAAUCCAGGGAAUUUGUUUAGCAUCAACCAGGAGAGCGGAGCGCUUAGCCUCACCAGGAACGUCGACUAUGAGAGUGGUCACAACCUGCACACCCUGCAGGUCCGAGCUUCUGAACCCGACACCGGCCUUAGCAGCGUGGCAGAGGUGGUUGUACACAUAACGGAUGAGAAUGACUGCACACCAGAGUUCCUCCACUCUAUCUACACCAGAGACAACAUACCUGAGAGCAUCGCACCUGGAACCUCACUGCUGCAAGUACUUGCCCGGGACUGUGACUCCGGGAUAAACUCGGAGAUCUCAUACUUCGUUCCCAGCAGUGACUUCAGCAUCACAUCUGGGGGUGUGGUCAGCCCCGCCCGUCGCUUGGACUAUGAGCGCCCUAAUCACAUCUAUGAGUUUUUGGUGGUUGCAGUGGAUGCAGGAACACCCCCUCGCACCGGGACAGCCUCAAUCCGCAUCCGAGUCGCCAACACCAAUGACGAGGCACCCAUCUUUUCACAGAGCGUUUAUAAGACCUUCCUAAGUGAGGAUGCCGGUCCUGACACUCUGGUUGCCAUCGUUCAUGCCAACGACCCGGACGGAGAUGGCGUCUCCUACGCCAUCACUGGAGGCAAUGAGGAUAGCAAUUUCCUGCUUGACAACCAGAAGGGUAUUAUUAAGCUGCGGCGGAGUCCUCCUCCACGCCUGAGGGGGCCACAGUACGUCCUCAACAUCACUGCCACGGAUGACAACGCAUCUGGUGGGCCAUACCCACUCAGCAGCUCAGCGCAGGUCAUUGUGGGAAUAAAUGACAUCAACAACAACAAACCACUGUUCAAGGAGUGUCAGAACUAUAGCCUGAACGCAGCAGUCCUGGAGAAUCAGCCUCCAGGAACGUUCGUCCUGCGCGUCCAGGCUCAUGAUGCUGACAUGGGCGUCAAUGGAGAGGUCAAAUAUGGCAUAAUGAACAGAGACGGAGUGGCAUCUGGUUUUGAUAUUGAUCCUGAUACUGGUGUGAUAACCACAGCAGUGAGUUUUGACCGGGAGCGUCAGAGGGAGUAUACUUUGUCUGUGACGGCCACCGAUCAAGCAGAAGAGCCGCUCAUUGGAAUCUGUCAGAUCACAGUGCAGAUCUCAGAUCAGAAUGACAACGACCCCAAGUUUGAAAACAGCCGCUACCAGUACUUUCUGAGAGAAGACACUCCAGUUGGAACUAGUUUCCUGCGAGCAGCAGCUCAUGACGAUGACCAGGGGAGCAACGCGGCAAUCACCUAUUCACUGUCCAGACAGAAGCCGGCUUACCUGCACAUCAACCCGAGCACUGGGUGGAUUUAUGUCAACCACCCAAUCUCUCAGACAUCCAGAAUCAACCAGCAGAUUGUGGCCUCAGAUGGAGGGAACCGCAGCAGCUCAGUGGAGCUGACUGUUAUCAUCACAAACGUCCACAAUCAGCCACCACAGUGGGAGCAGUCCGAAUACUGGGUCACUGUGCCGGAAAACACCGUCCGAGAUGCCAAGAUAGUGACCAUCAAGGCAACAUCUCCCCUCGGCGACCCCAGGGUGACCUACAACCUGGAGGAGGGUCAGGUACCGGAGACCAACAUGCCAGUGCGGUUCUACAUGAAACCAAACCGGGCCGACGGCUCGGCGUCCAUCCUGGUAGCCGAGAACCUCGACUAUGAGACGACGCGCUUCUUCACGCUCAGAGUGCGCGUGCAGAAUGUCGCUGCUGUGCCGCUCGCCUCCUUUACCACGGUCUAUGUUAAUGUGACAGACGUGAACGACAACGUUCCUUUCUUUCUGUCGUCCACCUAUGAGGCCACGGUUCCCGAAGGAGCGCAGAUGGGCACGUCUGUGGCUCAGGUGUCAGCCACUGAUCUGGACUCUGGUCUGCACGGGAUGAUCCACUAUGUGAUCCUGAAGGAUGAAAGUGGGGACUCUCAGUUCUUCAGCAUUGACUCCCACAGUGGGAUCAUUUUCACUCGAGCCUCUUUUGACCGUGAGCAGAAAGCUUCAUAUCUGAUAGAGGUGCAGUCACAGGACGGCUCGGAGUCGGCCCGACAAGGCCAGCAGGGCCAGCCUAACACAGACACAGCCUAUGUCAGGAUCUUCGUCACCGAUGUGAACGACAACGCCCCGGCAUUUGCCCAACCGGUGUAUGAGGUGAGCGUGGAGGAAGACAAGGAGGUCGGCUUCGUCCUCAUCACCGUCACGGCCAACGACGAGGAUGAAGGUGCUAAUGCCAAGCUGCGCUACCAGAUCACAUCAGGAAACACCAUGGGCACCUUCGACGUGGAACCUGAAGUGGGCACCAUCUUUGUGGCUCAACCUCUUGACUAUGAGAUGGAGCAGCGCUACGAGCUCCGGCUGGUGGCCUCAGACGGGAAGUGGGAGAACGAGACACUGGUGGUCGUUCAGGUGGUAAAUCGCAACGAUGAGGCACCAGUUUUUAGCCAGACCGAGUAUCACGCUGCUGUGAUGGAAGAACUCACCCAGCUUCCUGUUUUCAUCCUAGAGGUAUCAGCUACAGAUCCCGAUCAGGAAGCUGACCAGAGUGCUCUUCGCUAUUCCCUCCAUGGCCAGGGCGCUGGUGGUGAGUUUACCAUUGAUGAGCGCACUGGACGAAUCUAUGCUCAACGUCGACUGGACCGCGAGGAGCGCCCUGCCUGGAGAUUCCUUGUCCUCGCCACAGAUGAGGGAGGGGCAGGUCUCACAGGAUUUGCUGAUGUACUUUUAGAAGUCAGAGACAUCAAUGACAAUGCUCCCUUCUUCCCCUGCCCAGCACUGGAAGUAGAUGGUUGUUUUGUUGGUCAAGUGCCUGAAAAUUCACCUGCAGACACAUCCGUCAUGGAAAUGCGUGCCAUGGAUCUGGAUGACCCCAAUGAGGGCAGGAAUGCCUUGCUCACAUACAGCAUCAUCAAGAACAUUCGCAACGAGAUCAACCUCAACCUGUUCUCUAUCAAUGCCACUACGGGCACCAUCUACACAGUACUACGCUCUCUGGACAGGGAGAUGGAGGACCGGUAUCUGGUAGUGGUGGAGGCCCGUGAUGGAGGGAGUUUGGCAGGGACAGGGACAGCCACCAUUAUGGUUUCAGAUGUCAAUGACCAUCCACCCAUCUUCACUCAGAGACUCUACAAUACUCAGGUGACUGAGGACCUUGAGGUGAAUAGCGAGGUUCUUGUAGUUUCUGCCACAGAUGGAGAUGAGGGCGAGAAUGCUGUGGUAACCUUCAGCAUUGUAGGUGGUGAUGAAAACAGAAAGUUCUUUGUGGAGACAGACAAAGUGAAUCGACGUGGCGUAAUAAAACUUAAGAAGAAAGUUGACUUUGAGAAGCCUAACGAAAGGACUUUCAAUCUGACCCUGAAGGCCGAAGAUGCCGAUUUCUUCAGCCUCGCCUAUUGUCUCAUUCAAGUGGAAGACUCCAAUGACCAUCCUCCUGUCUUCUUUCCACAAUUCUAUGAGUCACCAGCUAUGUCUGAAGAUGUGCCAGUGGGGACAAUUGUUGCUCAAGUUACAGCUUCUGAUCUAGAUUCUGGCCAAAAUGGGCGUUUCUCUUAUAGUAUAUCCAAAGAGUCAGAUCCCUACAAUCAGUUCCUGGUGGACCAGUCUGGUUGGGUUGUAGUUGCUGAUUCUUUGGACAGGGAGAAAAUUUCACAGCACAGGAUCAUGGUCUUGGCUACAGAUGCAGGGAGUCCCCUCCUGACUGGCACUGCCAUUGUUGUGGUGACUGUACUUGAUGUUAACGACAACGGGCCAGAGUUUGAGGUCCCCUACAAGCCUGUUGUUUGGGAGAACACAGCUGCACCUCAGCCAGUGAAAAUGAAUGAAACCUCCUUGCUCCUUCAUGCCACCGAUCGCGACACCUCCACCAACAGUGGGCCAUUUUCCAUACGGCUUCUGAUGCUCACCUCAGACGCCACCAACUUUAACCUGACGGACUUUCGGAACGGAAGCGCAGCCAUCACCGCGCUCCGCGCUUUUGAUCGUGAGCGGCAGAAGGAGUACCGCCUCCCAAUUCUCAUGAUUGACAGCGGCUCUCCUCCAAUGAGCUCUACUAGCACGUUGACAGUUGUGAUCGGCGACAGGAAUGAUCAUCCCCACUCACCUGGACACACCAACUUUAUUGUCUACAGUUAUGAAGGUAUUCUCCAGACGACAGUGCUCGGACAAGUUCAAUCCCCCGACCUUGAUGACUGGAGUGAGAAAGUGUACUGUUUUGAAGGCAAACCAACCAGGUUGUUCAGUCUGAACCAGAGCUCAGGUCAGCUCAGUAUUAGGGAGGGAACUCCUCCCGGCUCAUACCACCUGCAGGUUCGUGUAUCCGACAGCACCUGGCCAGACGUCACCUCCACCGCCCAAGUAGACGUCACAGAGCUGCACCACGUUGCCUUGCAGCGUGCUGCCUCCAUCCGCCUGAGCAACCUGACAGUGGAGGAGUUUUUCAGUAGUAGUGGUGGAGGUGAGAAGAGUCGCUUUUCCCGUCUGGGUCUGACGUUGGCUGAACUCCUGCAGACUUUGCCGGAAAACGUCCAGAUCUUCUCUGUGGGUGAUGCCAGCAAACAUGGUGGGAGGGCGCUUAAUGUUUGGUUUGCUGCCCACGGCUCUCCCUACUACAAGGCUGAGAAACUGCACGGCUACGUGGCAGCAAACAAGGCCAAGCUGGAGGCCAUUCUGGGCGUGUCCAUCUCUCAGGUGGGUGUGGAUGACUGCCCAUACACAGACUGCAGCCAGUCUGGAGGUUGCAGCAAUGAGGUUUCAUUCAGCCAGGCACCGGUGGCUCUCAGCUCUGGUAACAUCUCUCUGGUGUCACUGGCGGCCUCUUUGACUGCGCAAUGUGGCUGCCGGGGCCGUGAGGCAGUCCACCUGUCCUGUUCUGCUUACCCCAUCAACCCAUGCCUCAAUGGGGGCACCUGCCAGGACGGACCAUUGGGAUACCGAUGCAAGUGUCCUCCCAUGUACGACGGCCCCGAGUGUCAGCAGACCAAACACAGCUUUGGCGGCCAGGGUUACGCCUGGUUCCCUCCCAUCAAACCUUGCUAUCAGAGCCACAUCUCCCUGGAGUUCCUGGCUGAGUCAGCCAAUGGGCUGCUCCUCUACAACGGGCCGCUUGGUAAUGUUCACUCUGGGGAGCAGGAGGACUUCAUUGCCAUUGAGUUGAGAAACGGCGUUCCAGCUCUGAGCAUAAACCACGGAUCAGGAACACUCACUUUGCAGUUUCCACCCAAAUCCACUGUCACCGACCGACGCUGGCAUCGCCUCGACAUCAUCAGUGACGGAAAGGCUGUCCAGCUGAUCCUGGACCAGUGUGGAGGGGUGGCUGUGAAUGAGUUGGAGACAGAUGAGUCCAGCUGUAGAGCUGCAGGAGAGACACCUGGAAAUCAGAAAUAUCUGAAUGUUUUCCAGCCUCUGCAGUUGGGAGGGGUGAAGGAAAUGUCCCCUCACAGACAUUACCGCAGUUUCACUGGCUGCAUCCGCAACCUGGUGGUCGACAGUCAGGUGUAUGAUUUGGCAUCUCCCGGUGAGAGUGUGGACAGCACCCCAGGUUGUAAGCUCACAGACGGCGUGUGCGUAACGGCGGCGGGACCCUCAUGUGGGAUUCACGCAACCUGCCUCGCAGACUGGGGCUCGUUCAGCUGCGAGUGCCACGCUGGAUACACGGGGCACAAGUGUGACAGGGCCAUGCCAGAGUUCUCCUUCGAUUCGGGCAGUGUGGUGCGCUUUCAGCUCAGAGGAGGCGGCAUCUCCCGACGCACAAACAUUCAGCUGCUCGUCCGAACCAGAGCCACCUCAGGGACCCUGCUGUCUGUGACGUCCCGGGAGACCAAUGAAUACAUCGUACUGGAGAUCACAGAGGGUCACAUCUCAGUACGUGCCAACCUUGGUGACGGCGCUCACGCUUUGCGGCUUCCCGGCCAGCGGGUGGAUGUCGGACAGUGGGUCCUGGUCAGCCUCAGUCGCUAUGACAACAUGUUUACCCUGCGGUUAGAGCACGGCGGGGGCUCGAGGGAAGUGCAGGCCCGCCUGGGGAGCCGCAGGGAGAUCGUGGUUCAUCCAUCCAGCCUAAUGGUUGGUAAUGGACCAGACAAGGCUGACUUCCAGGGUUGUCUGCGGGAUGUUCGAUUUAAUGGUCACGUCCUGCCUCUGGAUGGCCAGAGCCGGGACCUGGUGACGGUGCUGGAGAGACGUGGUGUCACCUCAGGGUGCUCUAGCAAUGCCUGCAGCAGCCAGCCCUGCCGCAGCCCGCUGCGGUGUGUCGACUUAUGGAGGAAACACCAGUGCAAGUGUCCUGGUAGUCAGGUAACCGUGACUGACGACUCAGGUCAGCAGCGUUGCGCGCCGUCGCCCUGUGGACUUUCUUCCUGCCGUAACGGUGGUGUCUGCCAGCCGCUUUCACCCGAUAGCUACCGGUGCCGAUGUCAGGAGGGUUUCAGGGGUCAACGCUGCGAGCUGGGGCAGGUCAAAGGUCACCGGCUGCCCGCUCUGAGCCCCAGCUCCAUCUUGGCCAUCAGCAUGUGUCUGCUCGUCUUCUUCGCGGUGCUGGUGGCAGUGACAGUGUGGAACCAAAAAGGCAGCCGAAAUAAGUUCAGGAAGCGAGGAGUUUACCACAUCCCUGCUGAGCAUGAGAGCUGGGAGGACAUCCGAGAAAACAUUCUCAACUACAAUGAAGAGGGAGGAGGAGAGCAGGACCAGAACGGUUAUGACAUCACAGAGCUGAAGCGUCCACUGUGCUCCAGUUUGUCUCAGUCAUCCUCCUGCACGACCGCUCCGCUCAUCAAAUCCUCACCGGGCUCCCAGGAAGAGGUUCAUCCAUCCAGUUCCUCGUGCAGCUCAGGUGCUCCCUACCUCAGCAUCCCACAUCACCACCACCAUCAGCAUGCCGCCAACGCCAACUAUACCAGCGAUGCAACCUACGCUAAUUACACUGCUCAUGUAAACAGAGACGUGGAGACAAGCGACGUAGGCAGUUACACUGAUGCCCCGCCUGGCUCACGCUCCCACGUGGACUUUAGAAGCUACGUGGCGCGAAUCAUUUGGGAGGCAGACAAUGACAAUGAGGCUUUCCCGCCAGACGCCUACCACGUCUGGUGCGUGGAAGGCUCCGGGUCGUCGGCAGGAAGCCUUAGUUCACUGGGGUCCGCAGUGUCCCAUAGAAACAUCAACACAGGCGACGGUGAUCAGGACGACGGGGAAGAGGAGGAAGAUGAUGGAGGUUUUGUUUAUGACAGACUCUCGCGGUGGGGCCCAAAGUUUCAGGCACUCAGUGAGAUGUACGACCGACCACAGCUGACCCUCACAUACAGGGAUGCAAUGGCGUACAUACAGAGGAGCCACAGCCAUGACCCCCUGCCACAUCACCAUUAGGGGGUGCUACCCAAAUACAAGUACACACUCAUAGAACAUUUGCCACAGUGGAAAGGGACUCAGUGCUGUGAUCUUGUCAAAUUUAAAAAAAAAAUCAAAACAAGGAUGGCUGGUCAGGUAUUGUUUUGUAUGGCUGGGAAUAUGUUUAAAAUAUGUGUUUUAAUAUUAAUUUUCUGAUGUUGAAAUAUAUAUAAAUAUACUCACUGUUCUAAAGACAUACAAAUUUGAAUUUUUUUGGCCUGAACAAAUCUACCUUUUUUCACCUUUUCAGCUGUAAACCUUUACAGUUUGUGGUUUCUACAAAGGUCUCUAAGCAAACUGGUCCAAACAAGUGAUAUUUUCAGUUCUUUUGGCUAAUUAAAUGUCAGAUUAUGGUUCGUGUCAGAGUUUAGUGAAGCAAGAUGAGCUUGCCACAUUAAUUAAAAAUAACGAGGCAUAAAGAAGCAAUUAAGAACAGAAAAACAAUGAAUGAGGCAGAAGAAGCAAAGCUGGGAGGACUGUGCAUUCUUAUUAGAGUUGUCUGACAGGGAUGAGCCCUCAGCAGCAGCAGUUAUUCAAGAGAGUUUUACAAGUAGAAACAGGUGAUAAAUGACAGAUAUCAUGCAUCGUCCAGGUAAACAGGGUAAAAACUCAUAGAUCAACAUGAAAUUUACCCAGAUUAUUAUUUACAUUAAGGAUAUAAUGUUUCAAUAUGCAAGUGAGGCAUUAUAUCUUAAUAUGUGCAAAUUUGCACAAUCUUACAGGAAUCUGAAUGGAUAGAUAAAGUCGGAUUCUGAAUUUGUUGGCACAUGAGUCUUUUUAGCACUCCAUAAACCAGAAACUUUUAUCAACAGCCAGAUAAAAAAAAAUCACCAUGUUUUUGGGAUGACAUGUGCAAAAGCCAUCUGUAAAUCCUUCAGAACUCCUGACACGUUGGGCCAUGCAAGUACAAGAAGGAAAGAAACAAAUCAGAGUAACUGACCAAAGAAAUAUGUUUGCAUACUUGUAUUUACUCUUACAGUUUUUAACAAAUGGUUAUCAACAUAAAUCGUGUCUGUGUAAGAGCUUGAAACCUGGACUUUUUGGAAACAUUUCACCUCGUUUCCAAGAGGCUUCUUUCAGUUCAAUUCACUUAUUUUUAAGCUCUUAAGACAACAUCAAAGUUCUUUACUUAAGUAUCAUGAACAUCUAAUAAACUAAAUUUUACUUUCACUGAUAUUGAAAUUAUUACCAGCGCAUGAAAAAGAAUUAUUUGUAUUGUAACGUAUCAUUUUUUUUUUAAAUAUUGACUGGUUUAGUUAAAAAAAAGAACAGAAAGACAUUUGGCUGCGUCAGGCAGAUACGCUACAAAGCUAAGGUAACAACAAGAAGGAUGUUCAGUCUGCCCCAAUGAUUGAAAACACUUGUAUGGCUUUGGAGAGUUUGAUUGGUUACUUAGAAUUAUCACUCAUGAUUGAGUGA